CCAAUAUCAUUCUCAAAACAGUAUCACUCCCGUGUCAUUGAAAUUCAUCAAAACACUUCACAUGAACUUGACCAUCAACACCAAACUCAUCAUAUCCAACCCAAACCAAAAUCAACCAACACUAGAACUCAACCAAAACCAAACAUGCCUCAACCACCACCCCCACCAACAAUCCUCUCCCUAAAAUCCGACUUCCUCACCACCCAAACGCGCACCCUCUCCCAACCCUUGGCCCCAACGCGCACCUUCCUCUCUCAAAACGACAACACCUCCUCCCCCCGGGGCCACUCUCAAUCCCAACACCACCAGGGGCAGCACAUCCCUCAAAAACCGCUCUCCGAAGCCCUAACAAAACUCAACCACCGCCUCACCCAACACAACCGACGCGCCUACCCUCCUCAAGCAACCCGCCACGUAGCCGAACAAAUCGACAAACUUUAUUUUUCUACUACUUCUGCAACAUCCUUGGGAAGAAAUGAUGAGAGAGAUGAAGAGGACGAGGACGGGGAUGGACAACAGGCUGCUUGGUUGCGAGUAAACGCCGACCUGACCCUCCCCCGCUUAAUCACCUCCCUACCAGACUCCUGGUCCCCUUCUGUCUCGAAAAAAGAAGCAGACGACCACCCGAUGGAAGCCAAGCGGUUUGCGGAGUUGGUAGCGCAGUUGAAAGGGUUGGAUGAGCAGAAACAAAAGGUGUUGGAUCGGGUGGCGAAACUAAGAAAAAUUAGGGGGUUGGUUGAGGGGUUUGUUGAGGCUUCUCCUUCUUCUCAAGAUCUGAAUGCGGAAGGGGGGGAAGAAGUAGGGAAAGGGGGAGCAGGAGCAGGAGGAGGAGCAGGAGGAAUGAAAGCGGUGCAAGAGAAUCUGGUGACUAAGAAUGGGGAGAUGGAGGCUGAGUUGCAGAGGAUGAGGGUUCUGCUGGCUAGAGUGGGUGGAAGGGUUGAGAAGUUGGAUAAGGAGAGGGGGAAGGAGAAGGAAAGGGGGAGUGGGAGUGGGAGGAGGAAGAGGGCGAGGGAAGGGGAGGAUGGAGAGGGGGCAGGUGAUGAGAGGAAGAAGGUUGAUAAGUUGCUGGACAGCUUUUAA